CUCUUCUGAGCUAGCAAAUGCUCAAACCAGAGAAACUAGCGUUCUCCAUUUACCGCCAAUUCUCUCAACUCAAACCUAGACAACUUGAGGAAGCACGACGCGGCGAUCUUGAGAGGGACUUUCUUUUCCUGUUGAAAAAAUGCAUCUCCGUGAACCAAUUGCGAGAGAUUCAAGCCCAGAUGUUGUUACACUCCGUCGAGAAACCCAAUUUUCUGAUUCCCAAGGCCGUCGAACUUGGAGACUUCAAUUACGCUUCUUUUCUCUUGUCCGUCACGGAACAACCAAACCACUACUCUUUCAAUUACAUGAUCCGAGGGUUGACCAAUACGUGGAAUGAUCACGAAGCUGCCCUGUCUCUGUAUCGACGGAUGAAGUUUUCUGGGUUAAAGCCUGAUAAUUUCACUUAUAAUUUUGUUUUCAUUGCUUGUGGGAAGCGUGAGGAGAUAGGGGUUGGUAGAUCUGUUCAUUCCUCGUUGUUCAAAGUCGGAUUAGAAAGAGACGAUCAUAUAAAUCAUUCUUUGAUUAUGAUGUAUGCGAAAUGUGGUCAUGUGGGUUAUGCCCGGAAGGUGUUCGAUGAAAUUACUGACAGAGUUACUGUGUCUUGGAACUCGAUGAUCUCUGGGUAUUCUGAGGCGGGUCACGCAAAAGACGCUAUGGAUUUGUUUAGGAAGAUGGAGGAGGAAGGAUUUGAACCAGAUGAGAGGACGUUGGUGAGUAUGUUGGGUGCUUGUGCACAUUUGGGUGAUUUGAGAACUGGUAGAUUGGUGGAGGAGAUGGCCAUUACGAAGAAGAUCGGGUUAAGCACGUUUCUCGGGUCUAAGUUGAUCAGUAUGUAUGGAAAAUGCGGUGAUUUGGAUUCUGCUAGAAGGGUUUUUAAUCAAAUGAUUAAGAAGGAUCGUGUUGCUUGGAAUGCUAUGAUCACUGUAUACUCACAAAAUGGGAAGUCAAGUGAGGCUUUUAAACUGUUUUCUGAGAUGGAAAAAACCGGAGUUUCCCCAGACGCGGGCACAUUGUCUACGGUUCUGUCUGCUUGUGGUUCAGUUGGAGCUCUUGAAUUAGGCAAACGAAUCGAGACCCACGCAUCAGAAAUUUCCUUGCAACAUAACAUCUAUGUGGCCACAGGACUAGUCGAUAUGUACGGAAAGUGCGGACGCGUAGAGGAAGCUCUGAGAGUAUUUGAAGCUAUGCCAGUGAAAAACGAAGCCACUUGGAACGCUAUGAUAACUGCUUAUGCGCAUCAAGGACAUGCUAAAGAAGCUCUUUUGCUGUUUGAUCGAAUGUCAGUUCCUCCAAGUGAUGUUACAUUCAUAGGAGUGCUCUCUGCUUGUGUGCACGCGGGUUUGGUCGAUCAGGGCUGUCGAUAUUUCCAUGAGAUGAGUUCUAUGUUCGGGUUGGUCCCAAAAAUCGAGCAUUACACAAACAUAAUCGAUCUCCUGUCUCGUGCGGGGCUGUUAGAUGAGGCUUGGGAGUUCAUGGAGAGGUUUCCUGGGAAGCCUGAUGAGAUCAUGUUAGCAGCGAUCCUUGGAGCGUGUCAUAAGAGAAAAGAUGUUGCGAUCAGAGAGAAGGCGAUGAGGAUGUUGAUGGAGAUGAAAGAGGCGAAAAACGCAGGAAACUAUGUAAUAUCUUCGAAGGUUUUAGCUGAUAUGAAGAUGUGGGAUGAGUCCGCGAAGAUGAGGGCGUUGAUGAGAGACAGAGGCGUCGUUAAGACACCAGGAUGCAGCUGGAUUGAGAUCAACGGUGAGUUAAUGGAGUUUCUUGCCGGAAGCGAUUAUUUACAGUGUGGCAGGGAAGAUUCAGGUUCGUUGUUCGGUUUGUUGGUGGAGGAGAUGAAGAGGGAAAGAUCCCUUCGUGGAUCCACUAUAAUGGCGGAUUCUGAGCCAAUCACGCCUGGUCAGGUUUCGUUUCUGCUCGGAGUCAUCCCUGUCUUCAUAGCAUGGAUAUACUCGGAGUUCCUAGACUAUAAGAGGUCUUCAUUGCAUUCUAAAGUUCAUUCAGAUAACAAUUUGGUUGAACUUGGUGAGGUGAAAAACAAGGAAGAUGAAGGAGCUGUUUUACUUGAAGGAGGUCUUGCAAGAUCUGUAUCUACAAAGUUCUAUAACUCACCUAUUAAAACAAACUUGAUUAGGUUUCUAACGCUGGAAGACUCUUUCUUGAUUGAAAAUCGAGCAACCUUGAGAGCGAUGGCUGAGUUUGGAGCAAUUCUUUUUUACUUUUAUAUUAGCGAUCGAACAAGCUUGCUUGGAGAGUCUAAAAAGAAUUACAACAGAGAUCUUUUCCUUUUUCUCUACUGUCUUCUCAUCAUAGUGGCAUACAUGACAUCCUUGAAGAAACACAAUGACAAAUCCCCUAUUACAGGAAAAUCCAUUCUCUAUCUUAAUCGUCACCAGACUGAAGAGUGGAAGGGAUGGAUGCAGGUUUUAUUUCUGAUGUAUCAUUACUUUGCUGCGGCUGAGAUAUAUAAUGCAAUCAGGGUUUUCAUUGCUGCCUACGUCUGGAUGACUGGGUUUGGGAACUUCUCGUAUUACUAUAUCAGAAAGGAUUUCUCCCUAGCACGAUUUACUCAGAUGAUGUGGCGUCUUAACUUAUUUGUGGCGUUUAGCUGCAUUAUUCUCAAUAAUGAUUAUAUGUUAUACUACAUCUGUCCAAUGCACACUCUGUUCACUCUCAUGGUGUAUGGAGCCCUUGGUAUCUUCAGUCGGUACAACGAAAUACCAUCAGUAAUGGCUUUGAAGAUUGCUUCAUGCUUUCUAGUGGUUAUCGUGAUGUGGGAGAUUCCUGGAGUUUUUGAGAUUUUCUGGAGUCCUCUAACAUUCUUACUGGGAUACACUGAUCCGGCUAAACCAGAUCUACCACUUUUACAUGAAUGGCACUUCAGAUCAGGACUUGACCGCUACAUAUGGAUCAUUGGAAUGAUAUAUGCCUAUUUCCAUCCAACUGUAGAGAGAUGGAUGGAGAAAUUGGAGGAGUGUGAUGCCAAGAGAAAGAUGUCAAUAAAGACAAGCAUAAUUGCAAUUUCCUCAUUUGUUGGUUACCUAUGGUAUGAAUACAUAUACAAGCUUGACAAGGUUACAUACAACAAAUAUCACCCCUACACAUCGUGGAUUCCAAUAACCGUCUACAUCUGUCUGCGAAAUUCCACACAACAGCUGCGAAAUUUCUCCCUGACACUCUUUGCGUGGCUCGGCAAGAUUACUCUGGAAACCUAUAUUUCUCAGUUUCACAUCUGGUUAAGAUCGAAUGUGCCAAAUGGACAGCCUAAGUGGCUAUUAUGCAUUAUUCCAGAAUACCCAAUGCUCAACUUCAUGCUCGUCACAGCCAUCUAUGUCUUGGUGUCUCAUCGACUUUUCGAGCUUACAAAUACGUUGAAGUCUGUUUUCAUACCAACAAAAGAUGACAAGAGACUGCUCCACAAUGUUCUCGCUGGAGCUGCCAUCUCGUUCUGUUUAUAUUUAACAGCUCUCAUUCUUCUCCAGAUCCCACACUAACCAUGAGGGACUAUAAACAUGUUGAAAACAUGAAUCUAAAGCUGCACAGAGGUUUCUAUGUGAAACUUGGUAAAAUAGUUACAACACACAUCUCAUAUCGACAAUAAAUUUUUUUUUCAAAGAUCAGUAUUUUUUGAAGCUUGCCAACUGAAGCAUUCUUUCGGAUAAUUAGAACCAGAGAGAAGCUUCAGAAAGUGGCUUAGAGUGAAGCAUCUUGUGGCAUUUCGACGGCAUCAUCUUAGGACCACUUGUCUUGUUCGUUUUCUUUCUCAUCUCUGUUGUAAUUUUGCUAUAAGUUUCUAAUAUAUAGUUUCAUUUGCC